CUUCGCGAGGAUGUCGCCGCCUCCUCGUCGUCGGCGACGACGUGGAUGUACGCGCUUCUCGACGGGGGUGAUCUACUGCCGGACACCAGCAGCGAUGGCGUCGUCGAGAAUGAUGACGCGGUGGUCGUCGCAGGCGACGGCGCCUGCGUGAAUGAUCGCAUGCUGCACUAUCAUCAACAUCAGCAUCAGCAACAUUCCCAUCAGCAGCAGCAGCAGCAGCAGCACCAGCAACAACGUCAUCAUCAUCAACUGCAGCAACAGCCGUCGGCGGAGUCCGAACUGGACGAUCUUCUACGAUUCCGCGGUACUACGACCGGACAAGGACAGGAGAAGAUGGUGGCGCAGGAAAUGGCACAGGGCUACACCCAGCUCUUGGCGCAUUCGGCGGCUGCGGUGCCGGCCCAGGAGACGCAGGAAUACAUCUCGCUGCAGGAGCUACAGCCGCGUAUUCACCACCAGGAGCAUCAUCGCACCGUGCACGACACCUGCACGCAACUGGCCACGUCCGCCUCGCAACUCUAUCAUCAGCAUCAUCAGCAUCAACAGCAGCAGCGAAGCGGUGGACAGCAACAGCAACAGCAACACCAACGAGAUUAUUAUAAUCUCUCGUCCGUGCAGGAAAGUUCGUGCUCCACGGUUUAUUUUGGCGAGAUAGGCACGGGUACCGGGGUGGGAGAGCUAACCACCGCCUCGGCGGGGGGUGGUGGCGAAGGUCUCGCCCCGACUCCAACCCCCGCCAGCAGCAGCAGCGGCAGCACUGCCAGUACCACCACCACCCCCAGCAGCCCAAGUACGACCACUACAACUAUUACCACCACCACCUCUACCAGCAGCACCGCCACCAUCCCGCAGAUUGCAACGGGGGCUGAACCGCCCCAGCACAUGGAGACACCCCCGACGAUGGUCCCCGACCAGCAGGCACCCGCCUCCGGCCAUCAAUAUCACCACCAUCACCAUCAUCAUCAUCAUCAUCAUCAUCGACAUCAUCGUAGUACGUCAUCCACCACGCCUAGCCAUGGACCGGCGACCGACACCUCGGACGAGUUCGCACCGGUUUCCAGAAAACGGAAGCUUUCUUGCCACAUUGGAAGCGAUCUCUUGGACGACCUGGGGGACGACGCCAAAUCAGUUCGCACAAACGACGACAGUAAGAAGCAGAAUCAUAGUGAAAUCGAGAAGCGCAGAAGGGACAAGAUGAAUACAUACAUCACCGAGCUAUCGGCGAUGGUACCGAUGUGUCAUGCGAUGUCGCGGAAGCUGGACAAGCUGACCGUGCUGCGAAUGGCGGUGCAGCACCUAAAGACUAUCUUCGGCGCGGUUACCUCAUACACGGAAGGUCAUUAUAAGCCCGCAUUUCUGAGCGAUCAGGAACUCAAGACGCUCAUACUUCAAGCUGCAGAGGGCUUCGUCUUUGUGGUUGGCUGCGAUCGCGGGAGAAUUCUCUACGUGUCCGAGUCCGUCUCGCAGACUCUUAAUUAUUCUCAGGGUGACUUGUUGGGUCAAAGCUGGUUCGAUAUCCUACAUCCUAAGGAUGUUGCGAAGGUAAAGGAGCAACUCUCAUCCUCCGAUCUCAGUCCGAGGGAACGACUGAUCGACGCAAAAACCAUGCUACCGGUGAAAACCGACGUGCCCCAAGGUGUGUCACGACUUUGCCCCGGAGCGCGUAGAUCUUUCUUCUGUCGGAUGAAACGUAAAGUCGACGGGGUCCGUUGCGGUGAGAUGCAAGUGAAGGAGGAAGCCAACGCCACCGCUGGCUGCCAUAGGAGAAAGAAGCAACAAAACGUAGAUUGGAAGUAUUGCGUGAUUCAGUGCACGGGCUAUCUGAAAUCCUGGGCUCCCGCAAAGAUUGGUCUCGAGGAACAGGAGGGCGAUGCCGACGGCGAAGCGUGUAAUUUGUCCUGCUUGGUAGCGGUCGGCCGAAUCCAAACGGCGAUAUCGACGGCCGUGUUGCCGUCGAGAAAACCCCAUUCGAGACCCAUACAAUUCGUCUCGCGACACGCAAUGGAUGGCAAAUUUCUGUUCGUGGACCAAAGAGCUACUCCAGUAUUGGGCUUUCUACCUCAGGAACUGCUGGGCACCAGUAUGUACGAAUAUUAUCACCACGAUGACAUUCCUCACCUGGCAGAAUCUCACAAAGCUGUGUUGCAAACUUCCGAACGCGUUACCACACAGAUCUACAGGUUCAGGAGCAAGGACGCAAACUUCGUGCGGUUGCAAUCUGAGUGGAAGUCCUUCAGGAAUCCAUGGACUAAAGACAUCGAGUAUCUAAUCGCUAAGAAUUCCGCUAUUUUCUGCGAUACACGUCCAGGUGGAAAUAACAGAUCUGAGGACUCGAGCGUGCAAGACAACUAUGAUUAUUUCACACAAAGUAACGGUGGAUUAGAAAGACUGAUCUCGAGCCACGUGGAAGUAAGUAAGAUCGGCCGGCAAAUAGCGGAAGAGGUACUGGAUCUACAAAGACGCGGAGAAGACUCCUCCUCGGAUAGUAGUCCUGACCCAGCGACAGAAACCGGUUUAUUGAACACCGAGUCGCAAAUGAUCACGACGACGGCAUCGCCAGAGAGAAUACCUGACAUUUCUCAGCCGAGUGGUAUCGGCAGCGACAACAGCAGCAGCAAUCCCACGUCGACGUUCAACCACGUAGCGAACAACGUGCAGCUCAACAGCAUCGCGAAUGACCAAGGAGCGUCACCAGAUGACGACAUGAUGGACAUGAUUGGCGGCACCACGAUUAAUGAAUCACCAAAUCCGAUCCCGUCCGACGGCAACGACGAGGCAGCGAUGGCUGUCAUCAUGAGCCUGCUGGAGGCGGAUGCGGGUCUGGGCGGUCCAGUGGAUUUUUCCGGAUUGCCAUGGCCGUUGCCAUAAUGCAUGUGCACUUUAGUCUGCAAUUUUAGAAUACGGAGGAAUGUUUCCUGGUCGAACGAAACGCGCUCGGAAUGAAUGAAUGAGACUUGGUGCUGAAAUGGUGCUUUUAAGAUAGGAUUUCAUUAAGUUAUGCGAACUAUAGCUUCCAAACAAAACUUCUACAUCGCAAUCAAUUACCUAUCGUUCUUCAUUGAUAUCGUGGAUUCGUAGUCCUAUAUAUAUAUGUUUAUAUGCUAUCCCUGCCAGUAAAUAUUAACUAACAGUAACGUAACAUUAAUGUCAUAAUUUUACAGUCAACAAUAUAAAUAUAUUAUAACACAUAUUAUACAUAACAGUUACAUUGUUGAGUAAAAUUAUAACGUUAUUAUGUGUUAUUGUUAAUUGGUAUUUUUAAGAAGAAGCUGGACUUCCUCUAUCUCUUGUCGUUGAUUUUUCAAAAAAGCACUUUUGUGCGGUGAAAUAAUUUGCGUUUACAUCAGCGAGAAACAAGUGAAGAUUGACGAACGCUCUCAGAGAUUACAGUGAUGUGACAAUAGUGUGGACAAUAACGUGUGAAUUUUUUUUUUAAAGAGCAUCUUUCCUUCAAUACAGCCUCUCUAUAAGGAUAAGAACUUUCAGAAAAUGAAUUUCGAAAAAUCAGUCUCUUAAAGAGGUAUACAUAGGGCGAGAGCUGAAAUCCACCGAUUACACAACGAGUGUAUAUAAUUACUCGUCGUCUCAAUAAUCGAAUGCGAAUAACUAUUCUAGUGUUAAAUUGACGUUAUACGUGUAAAUACGUAGGCAUGCGUCGCAUUGCAUGCGCGAUAUGCCGUUUAAGUGUACCUAAUUAAAUAAAAUCGUAGGAAUAUCUGUAUAUGCAAAGAAAAUAAAUUUUAACUCGAUGAACGUACGGAACAAGCAAAGUUUACCUGUUAUGUGUGCAAAUAUGAAUUUCCAAAUGCAUUAUCUAUUAGAAUAUAUCAGUAACUGAAUUAUACGAUUCGCUGCAAUUUAGCAUUCCUAUAUAUAUUUCAUUUCGCCAUAACGUCUCAAAUCUAUGCAAAAAUAUUAUAGUAAUAUUUUUUAAGAGAGACACGAGUGAAAUGUGGUAAGAUAGGAAUUAAUGUAAAUAACAUGACAUACUGCUGUAAUUUAUUGUUCGAUAUUAAAAAAGAAAUAACA